CAAAGAAGAUUGUUUCGUGGUUUACAAACACUCAAAGUAAUCAUAACAUUGUUGUGACAGUCGUCAGUUCAUGUUUUAUUUUUCCACGGUGAGGACACCAGUCACAUUUUUCCCUGCGGCAUUGAAAAGUUUAUUAAACAUCAAAUCCUGUUGAUGUCAAUGAUGUUCGGGUGUUGGUGGCGCAAUUUGUUAACGUUAUUCAGCAUAUCGGUCAUUAGCCUUGCAAUCAACAGACCAGUUUACAAGAUUGUUCUAAACUCAAAAGGAUAUGCACAGUUCAUUCAAUAUGACAUCGACGUUCCGCCGUUGAGUGAGUUCACGCUGUGCGUGUGGGUGCGCGUGACCAGCGUCGAGAACGACCAAAGCAUUUUCACCUACAUUGGUACCGACGAUAAACGUAUUAUGCGCUUAUGGCUGGACUCGGUAGGUCGGCAGUUGAGGAUCUCAUUAGAGCAUGACCGCGUGACGUCGAGUGCAGACGUGGAGUUCACGGCAGGCGCGUGGCGGGACGUGUGCGUGUCCUACCAGUCAGAUCACGGUGCAUGGGCUUUGUAUGUCGACGCCAAACUCUUAUUGUGCGAAGGUUCACAAAAUCUUCGAGGUUUUGAAAUUCCAGGAAAGGGAAGUUUGAUAAUUGGAUAUGGGACGUCCGAAAGAGGUUUUCCUACUGGGCUGUCAGGAGAGAUAUACGGUGCAUCUAUGAUAUUAUUAUCAACAAUUGAACGGAACAUCACCAUGGGCAUAAAUAAGUGGAAAAGACUAAAAACCACUAAGAAAAACAAGUUUGCAGCUAUAAGUGAGCAAGAAGAUCAAUAUAUUGUUCUGGGCGAUUUACAAAAGGAUGACAUACAGACUGAGAUUCCGCAUACCAUAAACAAGGAAUAUGAAAUUUUCUCUUCCGAUGUUACUAGUCAACAGCUCGAAGAUAGCAUGAAGGUAAUUUCUAGACAUUCUUCACAUGUUAGUACACCGAGAAAUGAACAAAAACAUGAAUUUUCAAUUGAUGAAAACAUUACAUCUAAUAAAAGAAAUAGCGCAAAAGAUUUUAAAACACACCGCGGCAUAAAAAAAGAGUUAACCGGUAGCGGUACACAAGAUUUACCAAUAGUGUUUGAAUAUGAAACACCGCCGACCAUCAGUGCGUUAACUUCCGAUUAUUCUAUCAAAAAUUCAGACAGAGAAAAGACAGCGAGUAAGAACAAGCAUGACGACAUAAUGAUAUCGGAUGUCGAGAAACCUCCACCACCUGAACACGAUACUAAGGUUUAUGGACAGUGGACGAGUUCGAAAUUUGCGAGCAAUGUUUUAAGUUAUUUGAAAAAUAUGAACUUUAACACAAACAAAAAACAGAAGAAAGUAAUUUCAACUUUUUCUGAUGGAAAAUUCAGUGAUUUGUACCCAUAUCCAUCUGAAUUGUCACAUACUAUAAUACGGCCACCAAUAAAUUACAAAAAAAAAAUACAUAGUACAAAAAGGCGUCAUUAUAUUACAAGAAGAGAUAUUAAGGAACAUCAAAUUAAUGUGCAAAUUAUUAACCCAGUUGAAAGUGACAUUAAUUUUCCUUUGAAAAAUGUUGACCCUAAGCUUAUAGAAGUAACGAAUAGGGGAGAAGCAAACAUAAAAUUAACAUUACAGAAAAGCGAGGAAAAUAACACACCCUUUGCUUCAGAGGAAACGAGUGAUUCAAAGAACUUGUUACACAAACGUCAGUUAGAUGGCAUAAUAAACACAUCUGAAAGGCAUAGAGGCAGUAACAUGAUGAAAAUUCUUCCAUUUCUGAAAUCAAAAGAAUAUUUUGUGAACAACCGUCAUACUCAAUCAAAAAAUACUAAAACUAAUCAACCUUUUUCCAUUGGCCUAUCAAGCGAUGACCAAUGGAGUGAGUUUUAUCAAAGAAUAGCAAAUAAAGCCGAUACGCACAAACAUAUGCAAGGUAGUAACGGCGAUAGACUAACAGCUGACCGCGCUCUGGCUAAGGAAGUGUCCAAUCAGGCUAAACAAAAUAUUUACAACGUUCCCCUUUUAAAAUAUAAACAGGACCCAAUUACGCCAACAAGUAAUAACAUUGCGGUUACAGUGGUAAAUGACUAUGAUGGCAAACAGGCAAGUAAUCAAAUCAAUUUUAACAAACAAGUUAAACUAGGAAAUGCAUUAAAUGAACGAUUCAUUGGUUUUGAUGUGCACCAAAUUAAAAAUACUUUCUUAGGUGGAGACGAUUCGAUUCCAGAUAUUAAUAGAUACCGAUCUAAAUCGAAUUCAAAGAUAGAAAAUAUUCCGGCAUCGCUUGAGACGAGGGUCUGCAAAAACGUUGAAUUGUACGUACACGAAGAUGGAAGCAUAGGCAAAAGCAAAAUUGAAUCGCCUGUUCAGAGGAGAAACAUUGGCAUGGAGUUUGUUGUGCAAAGUUACAAAAGAUGUUCAGCUAACGAAUCACCUCUAAAAGAUCCCUUUAUACUCAUUGAUUGGAUAAGAACUCCAGUAAAACUGUUUGGGGGUGCGUAUGCUAAGAAAACCAAAGAUUUGUGUGGAUAUUUUUGAU